CCUCCAGGUACUUCCAGGGGCUCCUACCCUUUCACUCACAUGAUGAACCCUCACCUGCAUCCCCGUCUGUACCACGGGUGCUAUGGGGACAUCACCACCAUGGACACCUCGGGUGCCACCUGUGAUACAGACAGGGUGAUCAACUGUGGGAUCCGUGGUUCUGAAAUGUUUGCUGACAUGGAUUUGAGGGCUAUAAAGCUUUACCAGGUUAUGAUCAAAGAUGUUGGGCAGAGGCUCUGCGUGGACCCAGCCCUUGUUGCAGCCGUCAUCUCCAGGGAAAGCCACGGUGGAGCCGCCCUGCAGAGUGGCUGGGACCACAGUGGGCUGAAAUUUGGUUUGAUGCAGCUCGAUAAGAAAAUCCAUGACCCCGUUGGUGCCUGGGACAGCAAAGAACACCUUUUUCAGGGUGUUGGGAUUCUAACAGACAGAAUUAAGGCAAUCCAGAAAAAGUUCCCCACGUGGAGUGUGGCUCAACACCUCAAAGGUGGUCUUUCGGCCUUUAAGUCAGGAAUCGAAACCAUUGUCACCCCCGUGGACAUAGACACCGACUACGUCAACGAUCUUCUUGCCCGAGCUAAAUUCUACAAAAGACAUGGCUUCUAGGGCAAGCUGUGUGGGUGGAUCAGCUGGCACGGUGCUCAGGUAGCCUUUCUUCUCAGGAUGGUUUGAUAUGAACGUUUUUCUACCCAACACUGCCAAUUGUGAGAGAAAAUUUAUUUCCCAAUUUAUUGUGCUUGAGGUGAAAGUUUACAGUGCAAAUUAAUUUCUUAUUCAAAUAUUUAUACCCAAAUUGUUUUGUGACAUUGGUUACAAUCCCUGCAAUAUGUCAGCACUCUCCCCUUUUCCAUUUUUACCCUGGGUUUCCCGUGUCCAUUUCCUCCAGGUAUCCUGUUCCUUCCUGCUUUCUUGUCUUUGCUUUUGGGCAAGUGUUGCCCAUUUGGUCUCGUAUACUUGCCUGAACUAAGAACAUUCCUCAUGUGUGUUAUGGUUGUUUUAUAAACCAAACCUAAACCCACUGCUGUCGAGUCCAUUCCGACUCAUAGCAACCUUAUAGGACAGAGUAGAACUGUCCCAUAGAGUUUCCAAGGAGCGCCUGGCAGAUUCGAACUGCUGACCUCUUGGUUAGCAGCCGUAGCACUUAACCACUAUGCCACCAGGGUUUCUGUUUGUUUUAUAGACCUGUCUAAUCUUUGGCUGAAAGGUAGACUUUGGGAGUAGCUUUAGUUCUGAGUUAUCAGUGUGUCUGGG